AUGAAGCAGAGUGUGCUGAUAACCUUGGGCAUAUUGAUGCAGCUUGCAUCGUUGACUAUUUGUCAACGUGUAGCACCUGGGGUUAAUCCUAACCAUUAUCAACAGCAACAAUAUCAGCCGCCCUCUCCACAGUAUCAACAAGUUCCUCAACAACAGCAGCCCCAAUAUCAUCAACAACCAUCGCAGCAGCAACAUCAACAGCAACAGCCUCAGUAUCAGCAACAACAAUUUCAGCCACAGCAACAUCACCAACAACAGCAACCGCACCAGGGCGAUCAUGGCCAACAGCAAGUGCUUCAUACCGGAAAUUUACAACAAGAGAAACAACACAUUGCCGAACAUAUGGAAGUACCGAUCGAUACUAGCAAAAUGAGUGAACAAGAACUGCAGUUCCAUUAUUUUAAAAUGCACGAUUCUGACAACAACAACAAGCUGGAUGGCUGUGAGCUUAUCAAAUCGUUGAUUCAUUGGCACGAACAAGGCAAGGCACAAGAAAACAGUGGCCAUCCGCAGCACGAGGAGAAAAUAUUCUCUAACGACGAACUAUCUGCGCUGAUAGAUCCAAUUCUUAACUCAGACGAUCAUAAUCAAGAUGGUUUCAUCGAUUAUCCGGAAUUUGUGCGCGCUCAGCACAAAGCAGCCCAGCAGCAGCAGCAAGAACAGCAGCAACAACAGCCACACCCUUAGUAUGUGU